GGGGUGGGGGGCUGGGCUGCUGUCUCCUAGCGCCUCGGCCAUAUUGCAUAGCCACGGCCGAGCCGUCUUUGUCUGCGAAGUCCUCUCCCAAGUUCCAGCCGCGCGUCCCUGGUACCGGGGCCUGAAGCCUCGCGGGCAGCCCGUGCGCCCCGACUUUGUCGCCGAGGCACCAGCUUCCCAGCCUUGGAGUGGACUUUGAGCCUCAGGGACUGACCUCAACGCCAGCUCACGUAAGCGUCGUGGGAAUUAAGAUCCACAAUUCCCUGGCGGGGAGCAGGACUCGGGCAAUUCUGCGGGCUGAGAAAUUAGGAGGUGUUGUCUCAUCGCUGGCUGGUGAGCUGAGACCCUCCCGGGCAGCCCUGCGGGGGACCUCCCCAACCCCAGGCUAGGGGGCUGCAUGUUGUUUGGGCUCCUUGGCCUUCUCCACCCCAAAUUUCACCCUGGAGAUCUUAAAAACGCUCGAGAAAAGCCAUGUGGGGGGCUGGUUCCCCUGGGGCUUCCUGCCGUCCCCGGACUGCCUGAUCCUGUGGAGCGUCCCUGACGUCUGCAGAGAUGUGGACCUGGACGUCCUCGUGGAGGCCCUGAGGCCGGUGGGGACCUUUAAGAAGAUCGGCAAGGUGUUCCGCAGGGAGCAGGACUCCACGGUGGGGAUGCUGCAGAUCGGCGACGAUGUGGACUAUCUGCUCAUCCCCCGGGAGGUCCGGCUGGCUGGGGGCGUCUGGAGGGUCAUCUCCAAGCCCGCUACCAAGGAGGCGGAAUUUCGGGAGCGCCUGACCCAGUUUCUGGAGGAAGAGGGCCGCACCCUGGAAGACGUGGCCCGCAUUAUCGAGAAGAGCACCCCGCACCCGCCCCAGACCCCCAAAAAGCCCAGGGAGCCCCGAGUGAGAAGGAGAGUCCAGCAGAUGGUGACGCCACCCCCCCGGCUGGUCGUGGGCACGUAUGACAGCAGCAACGCCAGUGACAGCGAAUUCAGCGACUUUGAAACUUCCAAAGAAAACGGCCAUAGAGGCACUGGGAGGGGCAGACAGGUGCGCAAAAUGCCCGUCAGUUACCUGGGCAGCAAAUUCCUGGGGAGCGACCAGGAGAGCGAGGAUGACGAAGAACUGGUGGAGGCCUUUCUGCGGCCUGAGGAAAAGAAACCCAGUGGGGCCACGGUGUGCAGCAGUGUGCACCAGCCAGUGCCCGUUGUUGGGGACCACCUGGGGCCCCAGCUUUCCAAGGCAGACAGGUGGUGGGAGUAUAGCAGCCAGGUGUCCUGGGGGAAGCUGAAGCAGACAGUGAAGGGUUGGGCUCCACGGUCCUUCCCGCGGCUGCAGGAAGCCAGGCAGGCCCCCUCCAGGGCCGAGAGUGAUGGGGCAUCAGAGCCAGGCAGUGCCAGUGGGGGGGACAGUGUGGAAAAUGCAGGAGGGGGGCAGGUGCCUGAGUCCCCCCCAACAUGUUGGAGGCCCAAAAUCAACUGGGCCUCGUUCAGAUGUCGCAGGAGGGAGGAGGCACUAUCCACAGCUCAGGGGACAGAGGUCCUGGCUGACCAGAGGGCAGAGGCUGCAUCUAAUGGGGCAGAGGGCUCAGAUGCCCAAGAAGCGGGACCCUCAGUUGCCCAGAGGGCUGCAGGGGCACCCCCAGGAGCCAGGGCCCGAAAACAAGUCAAGACAGUGAGGUUCCAGACCCCCGGACGCUUCCCGUGGUUUUGCAAGCACCAGAGAACCUUCUGGCACACUCCCCGGUUGCCAACCCUGCUCAAGGGAGUCCCCAGGGCAGAUGAGGCCAGGAGCCUAAGGGUGCUGAGGGCCGGGGCCAGAGCAGAAGCCGGGCAGGGAGAGCAAGAGGACCAGCUGUGAGGCAAGGUGGGGGCCAUUCGGGGUGCCCUGCUGCCCCUCGGCCACUCCGGGCACCAUCUCCACCCCCACUGAGAAGCACUUUGUCUGCACACCUGAGAGCCAGGCAGAGAGAGGGGAAAGCAGUGCUUCUUCUAUUUCCAUCUAACGACCCCCUCGCCUUUUUCCUUUUAACAUUUUGUCACUCAUUCAUUGGUUUUUUUUAUUCAGACUCUAUAGCAACCCACAGGAUGUUUAAAAAAAAAAAUAAUCCGUACAGUGGGGGUGCAUCACACGUUUUCAACUUCCUCAAAUGCACCUCUGGGUGCUCAGCUUUAAAAAGGGAGAGAGAGAUGGGGGGAGUUCAUUUCUUUUCUCUCCUCCCUUUUGUCUGCGCCCUUGACACUCACUGCCUCCUUGGACUUAAAAAAAAGGGCUCCACCUGCAUGCAAAUUAGAACAUUUUCAAACUUAUUUCUUGCUUCGGACUCGCCCACUGGGGAACGCAGCAGAGUCACUUGGUCACGCACCCGCACUGUCCACUCAGUGCCCAUCCUCCAGGGCACUGCUAGUCCCUGGGUUCAUGUUGUCACUUUGUUUUCCACCCCACCCCCACCCCCAGACCCCUGAGCUCUGCUGGGCUGGAGGGCUCGGGGCUCACAGUUGGAGCCCUUCCAUCUAACCCUGGCGAAGGGGUGUGGGGGUCCAGCGGGCAUAAAAAUCACCGGGCGAACGGAUCUGAAAUGCAGAUGCUGGAGCCUUUCACCCCUGAGUUGGGGUUUGCUGGGCCUGCUUGUGUGGCCCAGGAAUCUAUUCUGAUCCGGUCCUGCAAACUUAUCCCGGGGCAGGGUGGCCCCUGGACACAUCGAAAACUCAUUGCAAUAGGAGCAAGCCAAAAAGAGGGGUUGGGGUGCAGUGUGCU